UUGCCUGCGUUCCAUGCCAAAACGAGGUUCCGGGAACUAGUUGCGAACCAGCGUGUGACAUUAGUCCUAGGUCAGACUGGUUGCGGUAAGAGCACUCAGUUGCCUCAGUUUCUGCAGGGCAAUAUUGUCUGUACUCAGCCGCGAAAGCUCGCAGCCAUUUCCCUAGCUCAGCGCGUCGCAAGCGAACGCGGAGAGCCUGACCCAAGGAAUCAGGGUGGAGGAUAUCACUAUGGCUCAUCGUCUUCAAGUUGUUCUUCAAGUAGUUGGAAGCAUAAGAACAAUAAGACGAAGCAUGGCUUUGGCUACAACAGCGCUAGUAAAGCAACGACGUCGAGCGUUGGUUACUGCGUUCGUGGCGAUGUGGCUAUACCCUCCACCUGUGAGCUGGUUUUCUGUACCGUAGGUGUUUUGAUUCGCAAGCUGCUGGAGGACAACAUCGACUUCACGCAUUUGGUGAUAGAUGAAGCGCACGAGCGCAGUUUAGAUAUAGACUUUUUGUUGAUGUUGGUCGCGAAUCACAUUCGCAAGUCUGUAUUGGAUAAUGCGCAUCCGCGAUUUAAGCUCAUUAUUAUGAGCGCAACGUUGGACCAGAAGAUUUUCCAGAUGUUUCCAGACGCGGAGCGAUUGGAAAUC